UUUAUCAAGAUGGCAGCGUCCAUGGAUUCAUAACAUGUUUUGACAGUUCGAGUCUCUAGUGAAUAUUUCGGACUAGAUGCUACAAAUAAAAACCAAUUAAACCACUAGGAAUGUUUGGUGAUUUCCUGUAAUUGCUUAUCAACAUGUUGGAACCAGACACAGAUGAAACGGAAGCUUUGAUGAAGAAGCUAAUUCUGCAAUCAGGAUUGCAGGAUGGAGUAGGUGCUGAUCCUGAUAAAAAGGUCUCCUGGACAACUGUUGUACCUAAACCAGGUUUCUGCUUGAAAACAAAGAAGGAAAAUGGUGAAAAGGUUUUUAUCAAUGUCUGCCAAGCAGAAAAUGUACCCCAACCAAAGGACAUUACUGAAGAAGAAUUGCUGAAGUUGUUGGAAUCUGAGGAUCCAUUUGGAUUCCGAGUUCCAAUGAGUAUCGGGGAACCACAUGCAGAGAUAGAUAAAAGUGGACAAGGUUGUAUAGCAUAUGAUGUUGUGAUACACCCAGGCUUUAUGGAGAAGAUGAAGGACAGUGAAAUCUUUAAAACUUUCUUCUUGUCUGUGACUUUGGAGGGCCUGGAGGAAAAAUACUCUGUAGCGUUGUCCAGAGAUUGGGUAAUCCUAAAGAACAGGAAAAGUGUAGGGAGACUCCAGGAACAGAAUGUCAGGACACAGUCUAAACCGGUCAUCAUGGAAAUGGGAGACCAGUCAACUGGAAUUGGAAUUGGAAAGCCAUUAAUUCAAGAAAUGGAUACACCUAAGCCUCUAUCUCAAGAAGAACUCAAAGCCAGAGGUCAGAAACCAGAAUUCCGGAUUAUACAGGAUCCACCAGAAGGUCACCCAGAUUUCUUAGUGGCAGAAAUCAGUCUUCCACAUGUGAAAAUGGCCAACACGUUAACCAUUGACGUGGGAGAGGACAGACUGGUCCUGGAGACAAGAUCCAAUAAGUACUACCUAGACAUUUACUUGCCUUAUCUACUGGUACAGGAGGACUGUGUGGCUCAGUUCAACCGAAAAACAAGGAUUCUUACUUUAACAUUACCAGUCCAGCCAGAAAAUUGAACAUCCCAUCUUGUUGGGGCCACUCAUCUGCAUAAACAAAAGGAUCUUAAUGUGUGCACAGAUCUGCUUCAUAUAUAAAACAGAGACUUUACAUGAUGCUGUCCAGUGUGUGUGUCAGUUACCCAAAACAGCAAUACCUGUGAUGAAAACUUGUCUAACUCAUUGAAUUUUCUUUCUUUUUUUCCUCAAUAAAUUUAUUUUAACAUACA